AUGAAACAUGGAAUAAUAAAAUGGAAACUAUCUCGUUGUACUGAACAUAGAUUAUCGAUGUUAAAGAAUCUAUCUAUUUCAUUAAUUAAUCACGAAGAUUUU